AUGAGCGAGGCGCGCUGGCAGUCGCUGCGCGCGUCCCACCGCGCGCUUGCCGACGUGAAGUCUCACGACGGCGGCGACGACUUCGAGGACCCAGGAGGCGGCGGCUUCGAUGAGGCGCCGCCGCUGACAUGGUCGCAGGUCGUGUCCGCGCGCGAGGCGACGGAAGCGCCGGGGCACGACGGCGCCGCGCCGGGCGCCGCGCCGGGCGCCGCGGGCCUCGAGGAGGUCAAGGCGGCCCACUUCAAGCUCCAGAAGGCGCACGCAUCGCCGGAGUGGGUCAAACAGGUGAGCCUCUUCCUCGACCAGCAGAUGGGCGACGCCGGCGACGGCGACGGCUCGGCCGCGCCGGGCCCCGCGGGCCCCGCGGCGCCCGGCGCCGGCGCGGGGCCCGGGCCCGACGCCGGCCGGGCCUCGCGCUGGGCCUGCCGCGCGCCGCUCUGGCUCCGCCGGUCCCUCGGGCGCCUCCGCGCGUGCGCCGCGGGCCGCCGCGGCGAGCGCCCGCGCGGACGGACUUCGACGGCGCCGGCGACGACGACUUCGUCCCCCUGGACCUCGACGCCCCGGGCCCCGCGCGCAGGCGAGCGGCGGCGCUUCGAGUCGUGGGAGCUCGCGUGCCUCGCGUCGGGCGACAGCGCCGGCGCGGCCGCGCCGGGCCGCGGCGGCGCCCGGGGCGGGCCGCGGGGCGGCGGCCGCGCGCCGGCCGAGGAGUCGCUCGAGGACCGGCUGCCCUACGUCGUCGACAGCGCCGCGGAGCGCGAGCUCGUCCUCGCGCGGUGGUGCCUCCGGCGCUGCGUCGGCGCGGACGUCGACGCCUACGUCGCCGCGACGCUGGGCUCGCGCGGCGACGUCGCCGACUUCGCGCCGCGGUCGCCGGCGCUCCGCGUCGGCCGCGCGAUCGUCGCGGGCUGCCCCCUCGUCGCGCUCGCGUUCUUCGACGCGCGGCUCGAGCCUGCGGCGCCGGGAACGCCGCGGCCGCGGCCGGGCCCCGCGGCGGCCGCCGCGCGGCGCGCGGCCGUCGCCGCCGCGUUCCGCGACUGCGUCGACGCGGGCGCGUGGCGCGCCGUCGCGACGGGCCACGGCGUCCGCGACCGCGCCGUCGGCGCGCUCGCAUCGCCGCUGGCCUACGGAGUCGCGCUCCUCGACGUCGCCGGCGAGCGGCGCGCGCGCGGAGCGGCGGCGCCGCUCGCGCCGGACGGCUUCGAGGCCGCGGACUGGGGCGACGUCUUCGAGGCGCUCCGCGCCGCCGUCGACGGCACCCGCGCCGCGCCCGCGCCCGCGCCCGCGCCCGCGCCCGCGCCCGCGCCGCGCCCGGGCGCUGGCGGCGCCGAGGCGCUUGCGCGCGCGGCCGCGCGGCUCCUCCGGCGGUCCGCGGCGCACUUCAUGCGGCUCGGCGGCAACCGGCGGCUCCUGAGCCUCGCGUACCACGUCGCGCCGACGUCCGUCGCGCGCGACGCCGCGCUCCGCGAGGGCCCCGUCACGGAGCGGACGGUGCUCGGCUGGGUCGAGAUCCUCCUCGCGCGGCGCGCCGUGCUCGGCGGCUGCUCCGUCGCCGAGUACUGGGUCGCCGAGGCCCUCGACGUCGACCGCGCGGGCCGCCUCGUCGCCGCCGCGCGUGCGCGGCUCUCGAAGCGGAAGGCGUCGCUUCUCGCCGCCGAGGUCGAGAGCGCGGACGCGCUCGACCGCGCGUUCCGCGACGCGCUCCGCCGCCGGCGCCGCGGGGUUCGCGGCGGCGCGACGGCGCCCGCGCCCCGCGGCGGCGCCGCGCCGCCGCCCGGCGGCGCGCCGCCGCCGCCGCCGCCCGCCGCGCGGCCCGACGCCGCGCCCGACGGGCCCGAGGGCGGCGACGGCGCCGCCUACCUCCUCGCGCGCGCGGACGUCCUGGCGACGUCCGCGCGCGACCUCGCGGACGCGCUCGAGCUCGAGGCGGCGCGGCGGCGCCGGGACCAGCUCCGCCACGUCGUCGGCUCCGCGGCCUUCGGCGCGCUCGCGCGCGCGGUCCUGCCGCCGCUCCUCGCGGCGCCCGCGGACGCGCUCCUCCGCGACGGCGCCGCGGCGGCGGCGGCCGUCGACGCCUGUGUCGACGCCGUCGUCCGCGCGUGGCGCGACGUCGCGCGGGGCGCGGGCUUCGAGGACGAUCGCACGCUGCUCGCGUCGCUCUCGCGCCACGUCGGCCUCGCGCCGGACCGGUCCUUCCGCGAGCGCGCGAGCGCGUACGCGGCGCCGGCCGCGGACGUCGUCGCCGCCGCCGCCGCCGCGCUCCGCGGCGCCGCGGCGCGCGACCGGCCGCUCGCGCGCGCGCUCCUCGGCUGGCUCGGCGCCGCCUACGCGGGCCUCUGGCGCGGCGGCGCCGCGCUCCGGCCCGCGCCCGCGCUCGCGCGGCUCCGCGACGCGCGCGGCGCCGGCGCGGCCCGGGCCGCGGACGACGACGCGCGGCUCCUCAUCCGCGCGCUCAACGCCCAGGUCCACCGGAAGCGCCUCGUCCGCGGCCGCGCGCGGCCGCCGGCGCUCGCGGUGCCGCGCGACGUCGCGCGGCCUGCGCUCGCGGCGCUCGGCGACCUCCCGCCGCUCUACCGGCCCCAGCUCGACGCGUUCCUCCGCCGCCACCUCGCGGACCUCCGCGCGCGGCGCGCCGGGGGCGCCGGCGCCCGCGACGCCGGCGACGACAGCUCCGACGACCCGCCGCCGGUCUACCGCGUCGCCCGCUGA